AUGGUCCCGCAAAGGCGGGCCCCGUCUAUCUCCCUCAGGCAAAGCGUGGCGAGGGGCUCCGUGGGAAACCUGACGAAGGCCGUUUCGCCGAGGCGCUUUUUGGUCGAAACCAUCACUGGCUCUGAUCCGCUUCUGGACCUACGAUCCCACAUAGGCUUUGGGACAGUAGCCAUGCACACAGACGUCAGCGAAACUGCGCGCAUCGGCCGGUCACCGCCGCUUACGGCAAUGCAUCUACACAGAGUCCGUGUACAGGCUCCGAACGAAAGUCCGUCUGCUGCCGACAUCGUGCACCUGGGUCGUGCCCGUAUUCCUCCAUGGCCUUUGCAGCUUGCCCUGCCCGACGCUGCCUCAUUCAGGCUCAGCAUGCUAGCUUCCAAUUCUGUCAGCCACGAACAAUGGAUGCUGAUGGUGAAAAGCCAGCAGCAGCAAUGA